UCCUGUAGCGACGCUCUGAAUCCUACCAACACCGGAAGCGAUCGUUUUGCUUCGAGAAAUUCAUUCUCUCGCUCUCUUUUCGCCUGCUUUUUUCCAUCGUCGGGAAUCCGUUCGAUAAGAUCGCGUGGAUGCCGUCGCGAUAGCGAAUCAACAGUGAAAGGAACAGAACCCGAACUCUUCCGUCCACGAGUAUCCGUUUUUCCCCCUUGCUCGCGAGUAUAAGUUGCCGAAGAAGUGUUCUACCUCGCCGUGCCGAUGAAAACAGUGACUAGUGGUGGGUGGUGAUCAGUGACCCACCGUUUCGAAUGAAGAGGUUUUAGGAUGAUGGUGGAGCGUGUCGAGGACCAUCUCUUCAUGUAUCGACGUCCCGUUUACCGGGUCUUCCAGUACCUCGAAACCACCGACCAUGAGGGGAUGAGCACUGGCGUGGGAGAUGGAGCUGGAGGCGGCGGUGGUGUGCAGGGAAGCGGCGGAGGCAGGAGUACGCCGCCCCAUGGAUCGCCCACCCCCAUGGACAAGGCGACUCUGAAGGUCCAUCUGCCUAAGGGUGGUUUCAACGUUGUGAAAUUCGGAGACGCGAUCGACGUGAGGGGUAUCAUCUCUCUGGUAACUAGUCGACUAGCAGCGGGAACCAGGCACUACCGGAACCUCUAUGCCAUGAGACUGCAUCACCCUGGAUCGGGGGAGAGCUACUGGUUGCACCAGGACACGACCAUGUAUCAGGUUCAAGAGAAGUACGAGAAGAAGCAUCCUCACUGCGAGUGGAGGUACGAGCUGAGGGUGCGGUACUUGCCACAGAAUCUAAACGACCUGUACGAGAAGGACAAAGUGACCUUCUAUUACUACUACGACCAGGUUCGAAACGAUUACCUCUGCGCGAACCACGCAGCACUCGAUCAAGACGUGGCGGUGCAAUUGUGUUGCUUGGAAAUUCGUUACUGGUUCAAAGACAUGCCACAAAUGGCCAUCGAUAAGAAGAGCAAUCUGGAAUACCUAGAACGAGAGGUCGGACUGCACAAGUUUUUACCACGAUCCGUGUUAAAUGGAAUGAAACCAAAGGCACUGCGUAAACUAAUACAACAGCACUUUAAGAAGGUUGCAGCAUUGACAGAGCUGGAAUGUAUGUUCAAGUUCUUUGAUCUUUUGCGUGCGCAUUAUAGAUUCGACCAGGAGAGGUUUAUAUGCGCUUUAGGGUCAAGCUGGUCUAUACCUGUAGAACUAGUCAUUGGACCAGAUUUAGGCAUAUCCUACAUGGCUCACAGAGGAGGAACGGUGCCAACGAGAAUGGCAGAGUUUUCCCAGAUACAAUCUAUUCAAACGCUUGUAUCCGACUGUAAAGAACACGCGAAAGCGUGUAUUAAAUUAAGAGUAGCUGGAGCGGCGGAAACGCUUAGUAUAACUUGCUCGAGUUUAGAUCAAGCAGAAAGUCUUGCGGACUUAAUCGACGGAUACUGUAGGCUUGUUACCGGAAGCAGCACCUCGUUGUGGAACAGAAAAGCUGCAUCGUGGAAAAACUAUCCCUGUCCAUGCAAAGACGCUCAUCCACCAAAAUAUAGGCAAGACGGUUCCAAUAGUCCAGAGAAAAACGUAAGCAAAACCGGAACUAUUUUGUCGGAAGACUAUGCGGAAAUCGUAGACGAGGAAGGAGAUUACUCAACUCCAGCUACUAGAGAUUAUGAAAUAGUCAGAAAUCAAGUGGAACUGGGUGAAAUUAUCGGAGAGGGCCAGUUCGGCAAUGUACAUAAAGGUUCAUAUAAAGGACGGGACAAUCAAAUAAUACCCGUGGCAGUGAAAACCUGUAAAGUCGAUGCAGAUCUCGCAACUUCUGAAAAAUUUCUCGAAGAAGCUUAUAUAAUGCAGCAGUUCGAGCAUCCUCAUAUCAUAAGACUAAUAGGCGUAUGUUCGGGAGCACCGAUAUGGUUAGUGAUGGAAUUAGCCAAAUUGGGGGAGAUGCGAGCUUAUUUGCAAUCGAACAAACACCGUCUAGACCUCGCCACUCUUUUACUUUACACGUUCCAAUUAAGCACUGCCUUGUCGUAUCUUGAAAGCAAGAAAUUUGUGCAUAGAGACAUUGCUGCAAGAAAUGUACUAGUCUCCGCGCAUAAUUCCGUAAAAUUGGCGGACUUUGGUCUUAGUAGAUGGGUCGAAGAUCAAAGUUAUUAUACAGCAAGUAGGUGUAAAUUGCCUAUUAAAUGGAUGGCACCGGAGAGUAUUAACUUCCGAAGAUUUACAACGUCUUCUGACGUGUGGAUGUUUGGUGUAUGCAUGUGGGAAAUUUUAAUGUUAGGUGUAAAGCCGUUUCAAGGUGUAAAAAAUAACGAAGUGAUUCGUAAACUAGAAAACGGAGAAAGACUUGCACUACCGAAUCAUUGUCCUCCACGAUUAUAUUCUUUGAUGUCUCAGUGCUGGAGUUACGAGCCCAGUAAACGACCAACGUUUAAAGAAAUCAGAGAAACCUUGCAUGAAAUUUUAUUGGAAGAGAAACAUCAGCAACAAGAAACGAUGAGACGAGAGAACAGAAGAGUACAAGCUAUGUCUUGGGGCGCAGACGAUGUACCACCACCAAAACCUUCGAGGCAACCGCAAAACACGACAGAUCAAUCUCAACUAACCGCCGCAGCGCCAGUUUCGACAUAUAUCGUGGCGCAAAGCCCCGAGGUUCUUGCGCAACUUCUCAAGGAUAAUCAAACUAGGGGGGUAUGUCCCUCGGUCUACACAACCCCCGCCUCGCCUUUCAAUACCUUAGCUGUACAGUUUCAAGACGAAGAUCAAGUCUUAACCACGGCCUUAGUUUCAGAUUUACCCUUUUUCGAUCCAGCCACCUCAGAGCCUUCUGCCUCUCACGACACUCACUCGGGAGAUUCCACGUUGUCCGACACUAACUUAGACUCCCUUGACUCCUCGGACACUCCUCUCAUGUCUAGCCUUAACAUUUCAGACGCCACACAAGCUCAGUCCCCCGCUGCUAAUAGAAAACAGCAGAAGGUUAAAGAGAUGCAAAAUUUAUACGCAGUUAGUUCAAAAGUUGUUGGUAGCAUUACUGGAGAUUUGUAUUCUCCCGUGCAGAAAUUUACAACGUCCAACGCCAUUACCGUUACAACUAGUGUGGCUACUUGUGGCGAAAUAUACGGGCCUGUUGCUAAUUUUACGCAAAGUUCCGCAAUUGUUGGUAAUCUUAGUCAGAGUCCCAGCGUAGGUGGUAAUUUCGGUGAAAAUCCUGGAAACUUUGGGCCUAGUAGCUUGAAUAGUAUGGCAGGAUUGAAUAAUCAAAAUCAAUCGUCGAAUUUUGGCCAAUUCUCUGCCAAUAACCAAGGGUUCGGUGUUGUUCAAUCUGUUAGCCAAAAUUCCAGUUGCAUAACAAAUCCUGCCACUGCUGUCGUAUAUCCUCGAGUACCAAGUGUCAGUUCGGCUAGUGCUGCUAUUCCUGUAUCUAAUGCGGAAUGUUUAUACGGACCAGUCCUGAAGUUCCGCGCGCAAAAUAUCCAGAACCAAAAUGUAUCCGAUUUGAAAUCCGUGAAUGUAUCAGUCGGAUCUGCCAUACCAAAUCCGAGGAGCAAUUUAACGCACACAUCUACUUCAGGACAAAAUCUACAAGCACAACCAAUGCACGCCCAGAAUUAUCAGCAUCAGCAAAUUUAUUCGAACAUUAGUCAUCCAGGAACACAGUCAAUGUUCAUGUCGCAGUCGCAGAAUGUGCAAAACAUUCAAAGACAAAAUCCCAUUCAUCAACCUGUUUCUUACAUCCCAACGCAACAUACGAAUCAGCAAAACCAAGCGACCGGUGCUAACCCAAUCUACACGGCCCAAGCGACUUCAGUUACGGUAGUGCAAGCUCAGAAAGUACAGGGCCCUAUAUAUGUGCAACAAAUUCAAGCUGGAAUUGCGAGUCACGUACCGAGUUCUCAAGCAAUGAACGUGAAUCAGCAAUUAUCUUUUGAAAUAGCACAAAGUCAUCCUGUUCAAGUGCAUUUCGCCACAUCAGGUGGCACUGUUCAACCAACUAAUCAGCAACACAUUUAUCCAAGUACGUCCAACAUGGUGAUUGGACAACAGUCAACUUCUGUAUCUGCUACACAGCAUGGUCAAGCACAAUGCAACAUUACAAAUCUGCCAGCAACUACGGCAAACGCAGUGCAAUAUUUAGCACAGCCAGUGAUGCAGUCAGGAAUCAUAAGAUCGAGUACUCCUCAAAUAGCAACUGGUGUCGCGAAAAUUACUACAUUUGUAAGCCAAAAACAAGAUGAACAGCUGACAAGCUCGACAGAUGGUACACUCUCCGGAUCACUGAUAUCUUCCGCUGUCAGUGAUAGCACAAUGUCAUCGAGCAGUUCGAUGACAGAGGAGGCACAGCAAGAUCAGAGAACCAUACAAUCGCAAUUGUUCGAUAGCAUUACGGAGAAUUUCAGCAGUGGUAUUGACGAUGAACAAAAAUUGUUGGAACAACGACUUUUAGAACAGCAACGUCAGUCGGAAGAAGAUAGUCGUUGGUUAGCAAGGGAAGAGAAACGCUUAUCCAUUGCAACGAGUGGAGACGAAAGCGCGAGUCCUCCAGUUCCCCGUUCAGUUACCCAGUCACCAAGUCAUGAACAGCACAGUGCUAAUACUGGUUCCAUCGGUUCUGAUAAGAGUACCGAAAAAGUAAUCGUUGUAAAGAAAAUGGAACCUACACCAACUGCCGAUCUCGAUAGAACAAACGACAAAGUAUAUGAUUGUACUACCAGUGUAGUUCGUGCCGUAAUGUCUCUGUCACAAGGUGUUCAACAAAGCAAGGCUGAUCAAUAUUUGGAAUUAGUGCGGAAAGUGGGUAUUGAACUGAGAGCGUUACUUUCAUCUGUGGAUGCUCUAAUGGAUAUAUUACCUAUAUCUGCUCAUCGAGAAGUAGAAAUGGCGCACAAAGUUCUUAGUAAAGAUAUGGCAGAACUUGUAACCGCUAUGAAGCAAGCUCAGAAAUAUAGCGCUACUACUUUAGAUGCAGAAUAUCGAAAAGGAAUGCUAUCAGCUGCUCACAUCUUAGCAAUGGAUGCAAAAAAUCUUUUAGAUGUAAUUGAUUCGAUACGCAUUCGAUAUCCGUACGUAGAUAACCAGAUUUGCCAAAAGCAAAAUCAUAUUAAUACAUCACAAGAGUCAAUGCCAGAAAGUCGUAUCCGAUCCAGUCAAUCUGGAGAACAAUUUCUACGGAGAAGUCAGUCAAGUGAACGUCAAAGUACAACGUUCAGGCAAAGUCAAAGCGGUGAUCUUUUACAUAGAAUGGGUCAAUCCGUUGAUCGUUCGUUACAGGGCAGCCAAACUGAUGUUAGUAGCAGCUCUAGUUUAGAAAGAAGACAUCAUAUUGUGACCAACAGCCUUGAACGUAAUUCCACAACAAGAAGACAAAUGACAACAAAUAGUUUAGAAAGGAAAAGACCAUCGUUAUCUUGUAAUAUCAGCCCCAUGAAUAAUUCCGUUAAUCUGCCACCUAUGGUACCAGUUACCUGCAAUUUAGUUCAAACAGUUGGACCUGUCAUUCAUCCAAGUCAGACAGUUACAACAGGUAUUAAUCAACAGUCAGUGUUUGCACCUAAUAAUAAAACGACAAAUGAAAGUGCAGCAACUGAUAGCUAACAACGAGGUGCCUUGCAUUAAGGAAAACUUCGAAAGAAUAGUUCUAUGUACAUAGACUACAUCGUACAAGUUACCCAUUUAUGUCUCGCGCAUAACUCAGCAGCAGGAGAUUUAGUAUUUAUGCUUUAUAGCUCUUUUUAACAUUUAACAAACUUUGUCUAAACGUACUUAUAGAUAAGACAGUAUUCGUUACAUGUAGUAGUAGAAUAAUUACUAAAAGGCAUAAGUCACAGCUAUAAAGAAAUCACUCCAAAGCUUUAGAAUUAUUGUUAAUUUGUUAUUGUAUGACAACCACGUACAUGGGGUGACGCAAAAGGCUGCCUUAAAUCUAAAGAAUUGUAAUUGUACGUAAUUUUUUCUUGCAUAUACUUCAACAUCAUUGAAAAUUAAUUAUAUUAAGAUUACUAUUACAAUACCAUGAUCCACCACUUUAGAGGUUGUCUUAUUGCA